AUGAGCCGUUCAUCAAAGGCGGCCACAAUAUUAUCUCCUGAUGAUCAAGAUCAGAAGCCGCCAUUGAAGCUCUUUGGUUUCUCAGUGACGGGCUGUGAAAGAGCUCCGAUGACAGCUGCUUCAGGUGGUGAUCACGAGUACGUCAAGAGAUUUGAAUGCCAAUACUGUCACAGAGAAUUUGCAAAUUCUCAGGCCUUGGGUGGCCAUCAAAACGCACACAAGAGACAACGCCAGCAGGCAAGCCGGGCCCAUUUUAGUCUCCAUGAUUAUCAUCAUCAACGGUUUGCAAAAACUCGCUCUGUCGUAGCUGCGAAUUCGGUUAGAUCAUGGCCGUUCAUUUGCUCUGGUGGGUCCCUAAGUGGUGCAGCAGCUCAGGUUCUGUAUGUGUCGGCAGCGAAUCACAAAAGUAUUCUUGGACUGCCACGUCAGCUUUCUUAUGCAGGCCCCGUCAGUGUGGGACCCAUAAGGACACAUUCAAAGAAUAAUAUUGUGGAGGUAGAUGAUGGAGAUGGUGUCGAUCUCCAUCUCAGGCUCGCACCGUUCAAGACCACCUGAUUUUUUCUGUAAGAAAAUGAUAAAGAUUUCAUCGGUUAAUAUAGUAUCUCAGUGAUCUCAGUUGUUGAAUUGGAUACACAUGAUUCAAAUGAAUUCAUGA